UAUGGUGUACAGGUGCAAUCGAUUGCUUCCCAGCUCUAUUGCGUUGGAAAACUGUGAAUGGCGGCUGUGUACAAUUUUGUACAAUUCCUUCAAUUUUGUUUUUAUAAAUGAAUUUACCACGGCAAAUAAUGGUCUAAAGCCCAGUUUUAACCAAAAGAUUGCGAAACAAGUGCAUUGGGCACUUUGGUGGCCCUACAACGUCGACCGCAUAGAAUGAUGUAAAAAGGGGGGAAAUCAGUAAAAAAUUGAUGCCAGGCACAAAAUGGAAAGGCAUUAAACCGAAACAGCAGAGCAGCAGCGAACUACAAACACACCAAAAACAAUAACAAGAGCCACAGCAACAGGAAAGCGACUGAGUUCAGCAUCAUGUCGUGGCAACUUUGAGCAGCCCUAACGUUCGCGCCUAAAUUUCAGUUCAGUGUUUUUGUUAUUGGAUUGCUAUUGAUAAAAGCAUCUGCCCUUGGAGCCCUUAGAGAGUAGUCCUACCCGCCGUUUAAUUUAGCCUGGUUUUCGUCUUGUGUACUAACCUGUAGCUGUGCAGCCUAUGAUGCACAUCAAGACUCUGCCGCAUGCACAUCAGGCCGCCGCGGCGAUGAGCAAUUGCGAUAUUGUCAUUGUUGCCGCACAGCCUCAAACAACAAAUGCAAACAACAAUAACAAUGAAACGGUAACACAAGCCAGCCACGCACAACACCAGCAACAGCAGCAGCAACAACAGCAGCAACAACAACAGCAACAACAACAGCAACACAAUCCUCAGCAGCAACAACAGCCACCAGGUUCCGUUCCAACGUCAUCAGCACCCACGGAAAUUGGUUUAUCCUUCAAUAUGCACCUCGGGGUCUCACCUGAGGCGCACAGAGCCGCACAAACGGCUGCCAUGGCCGCUGCACAGGCUGCUGCAGCCCAAGCAGCCGCUGCGGAACAACUACAACCACCACAGCAUACAUUGGGACAUUUGGUAGCCGCCGCAACACACAGUCCUACAAUGGGCGAGUCCCAUUAUGUGGCGAAUGGGCAUAGCGGCGAGAAUGGAAGCGGCGGCAGUGGUGGUAGCAACGGCACUGGCGGCCGGGAACCGGAGAAACCCUUUCACUGUACCGUGUGCGAUCGACGCUUUCGACAGCUGAGCACACUGACAAAUCACGUGAAGAUUCACACUGGCGAGAAGCCCUACAAAUGCAACGUUUGUGAUAAGACUUUCCGUCAAUCGUCAACGCUGACGAAUCAUUUGAAGAUCCAUACUGGUGAGAAACCCUAUAAUUGCAACUAUUGUCCCAAGCAUUUCCGUCAGCUGAGCACGUUAGCCAAUCACGUCAAGAUACAUACGGGUGAAAAGCCCUUUGAGUGCGUCAUAUGCAAGAAACAAUUCCGGCAGAGCAGUACGCUAAAUAAUCACAUAAAGAUCCACGUCAUGGACAAGGUCUACGUUCCUGUUAAGAUCAAAACGGAGGAGGAGGAAGGGUGACUAGGACGCAUGGCGUUGGCACAUCAUCAUCAGCAACAGCAGCACAUCGAACACCAACGCGGCUUAACUAUAACAACGCUACCAGCCUCUACGACAGUGUCGCAGCAUCAGCAGCAGCACCAACAGCAGCAGCAGCAGCAACAACAGCAACAACAACAGCACCAACAACAGCAUCAUCAACAGCAGCAGCACGGCAAUAGCAUCAUUACCAGCGUCUCUAGAACGUCCCCCACUCAGAGUUCAGUCGCUGUGAGUGCCGCAGCUGCCGCCGCUGCAGGCAUGCACCAUCACUUCAAUGUGGCCACGCUGGGCGAUCUCUCCAAUGCCAUGCACUUGGGCGCUGUCACCGCCGAUGGUAAUUUCGUGACCAUGGGUGGGGUUGUUGUUGGACGCAUACAGCAUCCGGAGGCGAAUGGUGCGGCUGUCGCUGCUGCUGCCACAAAUUUGACAGCGCACACGGCUACACGCGAGGAGCUACAGCAGUUGGGCGUUAUCAAAGUGGAGGCGUCGCCAAAUGGCGAGUUUGCGACCAGUCGCGAAGGAUGAGUCGAUGAGCUACUCCUCGAGUAUAUGCUCAAGGAGGAUGAUGAGGAUGAGGAAGUGCGCAAUGAAAAGCGUGCACAAAAGCCAGCGCCCCUCGGCAAAAAGCAGGUAGCAAGAAGCAAGUGAGAAGUGUGGCAGCAGCAGCAACGAUUAUAAUUGUUGAUAAUAACGAUGAUUUAUGAUUAUGAUGGUGUUGUUGUUGUUGGUGUGUACGCUUACGUUGUUGUUAGUUGUUUAAUUGUAGCGAACAUUGUUGUUGUUAUACUUAUUAAGGUUUAAAUGUGACAAACAGAAAAGUCGAAACAUUGAAAGAAUGUAUAGCAAAACGCUUCAGAAAUAGCUGCUAAUUGGCACCAAAUACCACCUAGCGGUUAAAGCCCGAACAAAAGAAAGCAGAAAGGAAGUCGGAGCAGAAAACCAAACUGAAUUAAGUCCAGCAUACAUAGCAGACGAUAAAAAAAAAGUUGAUAGCAACACAAACACAGACAGACCGACACACACUACUUACUCACUACGCAAUAGAAAGACCCAGAGCCAUGAAUAGCAGAAAGCAAGCAGAAAUUAAACUACUCCAUAUACUAGCUAUAUGCUUAUUGUACUACAACCUAGAGACACAGACAGCAACUCCCAUCCCCCCAUUACCUACUACUACAACCAUAUUAAGCAAAAAGUCAUUGCGUUUUAAGAGAAUUGUUUUUUAAAAUUUUUUACAAAAAAAUGUUCAUGUCCUUUUCUAAAAUUGUUUAUAUACACACACAUAAAGCUUCUUAGCAUUUAACGUUAAGCAAAUAAAACUUGUACAUUUUGUAGAGAAA